GAAAGAAACAAAACUAAUUCGCUGUUAGACCCAGGUUUAUGUGACCACUUCUUCCGGUGAUGCAUCCGAGCAGGAGCUCUGAGGAUUUUGGAAUCGUCAUUUAAAUGGAGGUCCUGUCAGUGCAUCUACCCAGUUGGAGGGAUUGGCGCUCGCUUCCAUUCUCCUUUAAGCGAGGGUUAGAAUGUGACUUAUUCAAGUAUCGAUUCUGCCGGUGUGGUAUUUUUUACUGGCGUGACAAAAAGCCCGGUGAAGUUGAACAAAAGAAGAACCUGGAGACAGGUUGAGCUGCCGAGAUGCCCCUUUCCCCCAGCCAAGCUGUGCUGGGAGAUGUCCUGGUGUCCUCCCUGCAUUACAAGGGCACCGUCCUCCUCGGGAAGCGGCAUACGGAUUGGGGUAUGAAGCUGAUGAGGUGCGAGCUCCGCUGCUCACUCAGCGCUUUGAUCACUAAACGAUUGGGGAGAUGGGCUGCGUUUUCUGGCUAGACAGACGGCGCCAAGUUCAAGCUGAGAGGGCCCGAGGCUCUGCUCAGCCCCAGCCCGGCUCUGGCCAGGAGAGUGAGGGUUGAUCCCCGUGGAUAGGGACUUCUUGACACUGGCCCCCCAUGGCUUUUCCCAGGGAGGGCAAAGGACGGCGGGACUGGCAGGCUCUACCCGAGGUUCCUUAUCCCUCAUCCCUGCCCCGGUCCCGUGGGUGGGGUCUCGGGGCUGAUUUCGGGCAGGUGUGCGGCGUGGGACCCCGCGACUGAAAAGGCCGCGGUAAAGCCGCGCUGCCCCCGCAGCCGCGCUGUCUUCAGACGCCCGUUCGCGGGCUGGGGCUGCCCGUGCCCUGCCCUCCAGGGGAGAGGGGCAGCUUUGCACUUCAAGGGGGUCUCCCCGGCCCCGCAGACACGCUGGAGCCAAGGGCUGUAGACAUUUGCCAGACGUGUGAACUUUCCUCCUCGCUGGUAGCUGUUAUCUCUGCUCGAUUCCCACUUUGAUGUGCGUUCGCACUUACAAACGACCCCUCCCGGCACGGAGAGCCCAUAUAAGAGCGGGUCGCGGCCGCGGGCCGUCCAGCCCCUCUCCACCAUGAAUCAGACCCAGAUCCCUUCGGCAGAGACCAAGCCCAAUGGGGCCAGGCCCCACAUCUGCUGUGCGCCCCCUCCCCGCGCCCCCAGCUCCCUGGGCAGCCCCACCGUGCUGGUCAGAGCCAAGCCCCGACGGAGCAGCCCCGAGCCGGGCCAGCCCGCCGACAGCGAGCCCUGCGCGGCGGAACCGAGCCGAGAGGAUCCCCGGGAUAUCAGCGACCGCUGCCCGUCGGAGACAGCCCCCGACGGCGGCUGGCUCAGCGCCGACGAGUCCUCGGGCUACGAGAGCGAGAGCGCGGAGCGCGCCGGGGCCGCGGCGGCGGGCGGGACCCGCGGGCGGCAGCGGCGGGCGCGCACCGCCUUCACCUCGGAGCAGGUCUGCCGCCUGGAGAAAACCUUCCAGAGACAGAAGUACCUGGGCGCCACGGAGCGCAGGAAGCUGGCGGCUGCCUUGCAGCUCUCGGAGAUCCAGAUUAAGACCUGGUUUCAGAACCGGAGGAUGAAACUGAAGAGACAGAUACAGGACCACCAGCACAGCCUCGUGCCCCCUGUUCCAUUCCACAGCUACGCCCCGGGGACCUCGCCAGCUAUGUUUCAGGAUGGUCUCCACUACCCCUUUGCUGCCCAGCACCAGAGACUCUUGCCUUUUACCCCGAUGCCUGCUGUGCAGUUCAGCUUCUCCUUUCCCAGAUAUGACGCAUCGCAAAGCACCUACCACUUUAUGGCAAAUGAACUGCCCUACUACCACCAACACCUUCUUCCUCAUCCUUCUUUCCAUCCGGUUAUUCAGAACAAGAUGGACAGGCAAUGCCACCCAGUAUAUGCGUUAUAGUGAUAAAGCAGUGGUUUAUACUGUAAGGUGUUUCAUGCUCAGAAAUCUCUUGCCUGAUUUGGAAGAGUGUCUUUAUUACUUUUAAGUUAAAUGUGAACAUCAAUAAUUUUAUAUUUGAUAAUUAAUAUUAGAAUAUUAAUCUAGUUUAAAAUGUUAUGUUAUGUAUCAUUGCUCCCCCCAGUUUUUCAUAAAUGUGUGUAUAUGUAAAUAAAAGAUGAACAGGGUUAUAUGUGCCAGCUCUAUAAAAGAUUGCACUUGUGCAAUGCAAACUGCGGUGGUCACUUGUCCUCCUUUGUAAAGGUAAUGGUUUCAAUGGUUAAAUACAUUUUGUCUGACUUUCCUACUGUCCACCGAGAUUGUCUGUCUAUUGAAUGUUUGGUAGCCUGGACAGAGGCAACUGCACCCUGUUGCCCUGCACUGUGCUUUGGGCUAAGUACAUCCUCCAGAGGAAGGAUAAGCU